AUGAAAUCUGUCAAGUUAUUUCUCCUGUCCUUUGUAUGCUUGCUCGGUGUCGAUGUUGUAAGAUGUUCUAAAAUGAAACUGGUGAAUAAUGGUUAUGAUAAUGUCGUCAUUGCUAUUAACCCUGAAAUACCAGAGGAUCCAAAGCUUAUUACAAAAAUUAAGGAAAUGGUGAAGUCAGCUUCAAUCUUCUUGUACAACGCCACCAAACAACGAGCAUAUUUUCGAGAUGUGAAAAUCCUAUUGCCCAUCACUUGGAGUCCACAGCCCCAUUAUCAGAGACCAAAAACCCAGUCCUAUGAAAAGGCUGAUGUGAUCAUUGCAAACCCACAUACUAAAUAUGGAGAUGAUCCAUACACUCUGCAGUAUGGCCAAUGUGGUGAAAAGGGCCGAUAUAUUCACUUUACUGAAAAAUUCAUGCUAAAUGACAUCCUGAUCAAAGUUUAUGGUGAAAGAGGUAGAGUAUUAGUCCAUGAAUGGGCCCACCUUCAGUGGGGAGUGUUUGAUGAAUACAAUGAUCUGACACCCUUUUAUGUGGAUGAUGUUAACAUUGAAGCAACCAGGUGUUCAAAGAAAAUUAAAGGAUUGACAGGCUCUUGUCGUGGGGGUUCCUGUCAAGACUGUGGUCGUGGCAAAGAGCUCCCAGGAAGUGAUUGUAACUUCUUUCUAGACAAGAACCAAGUGGCAACAGCUUCAAUAAUGUACACAACAGGAUUGCCAGGGGUGGUUGAUUUCUGCGACAAUAAGACCCACAAUCGCGAAGCCCCGAAUAUGCAAAACAAAAUGUGCAAUGGGAGGAGCACGUGGGAUGUGAUCAGCAAGUCAGAAGAUUUCAAGAACAACCCUCCAGCUCAUAUUCCUUCUCUUGAGCCAACGUUUACUUUCCUGCAUGCCAAAGACCGAGUGCUGUGUUUAGUUCUUGACACGUCUGGAAGCAUGGGUGGGGAAAAUCGAAUUCAAAGGCUCCAACAAGCAGCUGGGAUAUUUUUGCUCCAGAUCAUUGAAGACCAAUCAUACGUUGGCAUUGUUACUUUUAGCCAUCGUGCAUCUCAGAUUCAAGCAUUGACAGUAAUUGAGAAUGAGGAUACAAGGAAACGGCUUAAAAAUCUUUUACCUAAAAUAGCUAGUGGUGGAACAGAUAUUUGUGCAGGGGUUCGCGCUGGUUUCCAGGUACUUCGUGGUGAUGAUGGUGCUACCAAUGGUGAUGAAGUUGUUUUGCUGACUGAUGGGGAGGACAGUGCAAUAAGCAAUUGCUUCUCAGAUGUGAAACAAAGUGGUGCAAUUAUCCACACAAUAGCAUUAGGACGAAGUGCAGCCAAAGAGCUGGAACAGUUGUCAAUAAUGACAGGAGGUUUACAGUUUGCAGCUACUGAUAAAUUGGAUGAAAAUGGAUUAGUUGAUGCUUUCACUGGAUUAGUAUCGGGAAAUGGUAACAUGAGUCAACAGUCAAUCCAGCUUGAAAGUGCUGGAAAGAGCAUUAAAAGUAAUGAUUGGUUCAAUGGUACGGUUUUCGUCGAUAACACAGUUGGGAAGAACACAUCCUUUGUGAUUACGUGGCAGACUGUCAAACCACAAAUGUUUAUCCGUGAUCCCAAGGGAAAUCUUUACGGAGAUGGAAGCUUUGACUUGGACACAGUCUUAGUUACAGCUCGCCUUCAAAUUCCUGGCCUGGCACAAUCAGGAGCCUGGACAUACAGCAUCAAAAAUGCAGCUAGAAUGCCUGAGGUUGUAACCAUCACAGUAACAUCACGGGCAGCAGAUGAGAAUAUUCCGCCUGUGACAGUCAACGCGCACCUCAAUCAGGACGCAGCACAUUUUCCAAGCCCACUGGUCAUUUUUGCAGAGGUCAGCCAAGGCUUCUUGCCUGUUGUUGGUGCCAAAGUGACAGCCACAGUGGAGAGGGCUGAUGGUCACAUUGUUAAUCUUGAGCUAUUGGACAAUGGGGGAGGUGCUGAUAUUGUUAAAAAUGAUGGAGUUUAUUCUCGGUAUUUUACUAAAUAUGGUGGUAAUGGGAGAUACACCAUUAAAGUAUCUGUACAAGGAAAAGAUGGAAUAGUAAGGUUAACAACCAGGAAACAAAGCCAUGCCAUGUACAUCCCAGGAUAUGUACAAAAUGGUCAAAUUCAACCCAACCCACCAAAGCCUCCAGUGGACCAAAAUGAUUCUCAGAUACAACUGGGGAGCUUCAAUAGAGUGAAAACAGCAGGAGCUUGUGUUGUUAGUCAGGUUCCUGCCGGAACUCCCCCUGAUGUGUUUCCCCCAAGUAAAAUUAUUGAUCUUCGGGCAACAGUAGUUGAGGAUGCAAUACAACUGACUUGGACAGCACCAGGCGAUGACUUAGAUCAAGGAACUGCUUCGUUCUACGAAAUAAAGCUCAGCAAAAACUUCUCACAGCUGAAGGAUGAUUUUCCAAAUGCUCAAAGUGUAAACACCAAAGACCUGAAGCCAAAGGUGGCUAGCUCAGAGGAAUCGUUCACAGUAUCUGAGAACAUCGAGUUAAAAAAUGGGAUAGUAAUCUACUUUGCAAUUCAGGCAUUUGAUAAAGAAAACAAGUCUUCUGACUUAUCAAAUAUAGCGCCCACUUUCUUUUUGGCUGGUACAACCUCAACUUCCCAACCAACCUCAACUUCCCAACCAACCUCAACUUCCCAACCAACCUCAACUUCCCGUCCAACCUCAACUUCCCAAACAACCCAACCUCCGUUUACCACAGCCAUUAACAUUUCAGAAAUUCUUAUUAUUGUUGGUAUUACUGUCAUUAUUGUCUCCUUGAUAAUUUCCAUCACUGUAUGUGUUGUGACUAAAAAUCGUCAGAGGAGAGUAUCACCCAGUUAGGAAAUGUACAGCUAAAGCCAGAGAUAAUCAGCAAUGUCAUCAAAAUUCAACAAAAUUCAAUUUAUAUCUAUGCAAUUUAAUUCAUGUUCAAAAUUUUUGGCGAAAAGCUUGGACUCCGCAUGAAUGUGGAGCAUCCCUUCUGAUGUUGAGCUGAAAUUGUGUAAAUUAAAUGUAUGAGUAAAGUGUAUUUCUGUAAA